CUGCAUGUCAUUACUUCCGGGUGUUGUUAACGCUGGACUAGUUGGGGCAGAGAGGAUCUUUGGUUGGGAUCUGUUGUCAAAUAAUGUUAAGUGCUACCGAUAUUUGUUUUAUUUCUAUUUUUUUUAACGCAGGUUCUUUGUGAGUACAUGAGGUAUUGUAAUUGAACCCGUUUUGCUGCCGUAUACGAACUGUUGAGUUAUUGUCGAAACUGAUGCAAUAUGGCAACAAGGCAAGUAAUGCAGGCGAAUCACAGUUUACUUCGGACAAUCACGAGACUUGUUCGAGAGCACAGUGGUCAGAAUAACUUAAUUUCUGCGAGAGUCCUCAGACAUAGCUCGGGAGCAUCUUCGGUGGGGACAGAGAAUGGGACAAAUACAAGUGACAGGAGAAAUGACAUAAUCUCAGCGACGAAACAAAGUUCGAGAAGCAACUGGGACGGUGGUUCAAACCGACAAACUCUGCUUAGCUCGGUGGCACUUGGCCUGGGUUUCGCUGGUACUGCCCUGGUAUAUCAUAAUCAGACUAAAGACGAUAGUAACAAGAAACUUUCAGGACUCAAAGACUCGAUACUGAGAAGCUUUCUCCCCACGGCAUAUUGUGCUUCCCCCUACAAGCCCGACAGCCCGAGGUACAGGUACAACUUCAUCGCAGAUGUCGUGGAAAAGUCGACCCCUGCAGUUGUCUACAUUGAGAUUAUUGGAAGGCAUCCAUUCUCGGGCAGAGAAUUGCCCAUAUCUAACGGCUCCGGAUUUAUCAUCAGCAGUGACGGGCUCAUAGUCACGAACGCCCACGUGGUGGCCAACAAGCGUGGUGUGCGGGUCAAGCUUACCAAUGGGGAGUCCUACAAUGCGACGGUGCAAGACGUGGAUCAGGUGGCCGACAUUGCCACCAUCAAAAUUAAUCCCAGGCAUCCUUUACCAACGCUGCGGCUGGGAAAGUCAUCAGAUGUGCGCCAGGGGGAGUUUGUGGUGGCCAUGGGGAGCCCCUUCGCCUUGCGGAACACCAUUACCUCAGGGAUCGUUAGCUCCACCCAGAGAGGAAGCAAGGAGCUUGGCCUGUCCAAUCAAAACAUUGAUUACAUUCAGACAGACGCAGCCAUUGAUUUCGGAAACUCUGGUGGCCCCCUAAUCAACCUGGAUGGUGAGGUCAUCGGUGUCAACACCAUGAAGGUCACAGCUGGCAUUUCAUUUGCCAUUCCUUCUGACAGAGUUCAGCUUUUCCUGAACCGUGCUGCAGACAAUCAGAAGUCGUGGUUUGGUGAAUCAGGAGGAAAACGUAGAUACAUUGGAGUGAUGAUGCUCACUCUUACACCCAGUAUCAUUAGUGAACUGAAGAUGCGUGAUCCCUCCUUCCCCGAUGUCACUCAUGGAAUCCUCAUUCAUCGUGUCAUCAUAGGCUCUCCAGCGCAUCGAGCUGGCAUGAAACCAGGAGACGUCAUCAUAGAGAUCAACGGAUCCAAAGUUAACACGUCGGAGGAGAUCUACAACGCUGUGAGGACCAAAGACUCCAUCAACGUGGUCGUCAAGAGAGGUGAAGACCUGCUCAUGCUGCACAUGACCCCCGAGUACACAGAGUGAUGUCAUCAACAUGCGCCGUCCAGCAUGCUAAAGAGAUUGAACCAUAAACAAUAUGUCAGAAAAACUAAGAAGAAACAAAAGCACUUGUAGAGAGACUGGUAAAGAAGUGGGACUGGAAGAAGAAAUGCUAAAAAAAGAUGCCUCAAAGGAGGUGUUUUGAAAGUAGGGAAAGAAGAGUUAAAUUAUAAAGUUUCUUGUGGUCUGCAUAAGAGUCUUUCAGAAGAGGCCACAGUGGUGCUUAUGUCUGUAAAGCUUUAUCUAAUGGAAGAGAGUGGAUAAGAGAGAGGUGAAGAAAAAUGAGAAAGUGCAGGAGAAAGUCUUAUGAUAGGCCUCACUACCAGUGUACCCAAAACCACAUUUGUUUACAGUCUUUCAUGUCAGCACUGAAAUCCAUACAGUAUUUGUGUGAAGGAGCAAACAAAUAUUUAUGACAAUGUUGAAUUUGUGAGUCAGUAUAUCUGAUACCGAGGUGGACUUUUCUAUUUAGUUUUUUAAAUUCUUACGUUUGGCUCUGUGGAUGUCGGUUGUCUAGAAGUGGCAUAGGUGUGUCAACGGAAUGGGUGAAGAAACUUAAACUGUGACUUAAUGUAAGAAUAUUAUUUAAUAUUCUUAAAUGUAAAAUAAUGUAAGAGAGUAUGAUUUAAUAUCGUAAGUAUGGAGAUAGCCUUAUUUCUCAUAACCACUGGAUUCACAAAAAUGUUCAAUAAAUAAUUGAAAAAUAGA